AUGCGUGGCUUCGACACAGUGGAGGAAGCAGUUGCAGCUAUACGAGAGACGUCUCUGAUGCUGAAUUCCGGUGGUUUUCCUCUCUGUAAAUACGCAUCCAAUGUUCCAGAAGUAGUUGAGCAGUUUCCAGCAGAGCUUCGAGAACAGGCCUCCGUUUUGGAACUUGAUCGUUCGUCUCCAAUCAAAGCACUCGGCUUAUUUUGGAAGCUUACCUCCGAUGAGCUUCUGUUCAAAGUUCCUGAAUGGCCAGACGUCCCUUCGACUAAGCGAAAUAUCCUGUCGCAUAUCUGCAGCUUGUUCGAUCCGCUUGGGUUUGUUGGUCCGGUGAUUGUUCGUGCGAAAAUGCUGAUCCAGCUCCUUUGGGAAAUGCAGUUAGGCUGGGAUGAUCCGGUUCCCACAAGUAUUUCCGACCAGUGGAUGGAGAUAUCAUCGCAGCUCCCGAUUUUGUCGCAGCUUUCGAUUCCUUGCUUCGUGUUGACGGAGAAGCUAACCACUUUAGAGCUUCAUGGGUUUGCUGAUGCUUCGCUGCGUGCAUACGGUGCCUGCAUCUACCUUCGUUCGGUAUCCGCAUCGGGUGCAGUCACUGUCCGUCUGAUGACAGCAAAAUCCAGGGUUGCCCCAACUGAGAAGCGUAGACCUACCCUCGCACGUCUGGAGUUGUGUGCUAGUCUUCGUUUGGCUAAUCUACAGAAUCAACUGCUGGAGAGCCUUCAACUCCAAUGUCCCCGGUUUCUGUGGUCAGAUUCUACAAUUACACUGCACUGGAUUUCGCGCGAUCCAUCGAAUUGGAAUUCCUUCGUCGCCAAUCGGGUUUCGCAGAUUCAGCAGUUAACUGAGACCGCUACGUGGCUGCAUGUGCCUACUGAAGACAAUCCGGCUGACCACAUUUCGCGUGGUUUGAUUCCAGAAUCCAUCGUUGGCAAUGAAUUGUGGUGGAAUGGUCCGAAAUGGCUGCUUCGUCCUCCUCAACAUUGGCCUGCGUCCGCGUAUUCCUGGAAAACCCAGCCGCCGCCAGAAGUAGACACCGAGAAAAGGAAAUCCGUUCCUAUUUCCGCAGUUUGCACUCACCAAGAGUCCUGGACCCGAGAAACGUUGGGCUAUUUUGAUAGCUACUACCGCCUACUUCGAAUCAUCGCCCUUUGCAAGCGUUUCAUGAAUAACUGUAAGUUAUUGGAACAUGCACGCACCGUAGGAUUUCUGGUACCUUCCGAGAUUCGUUCGGCAGAGUUGUCACUUUUGCAAUGCGUGCAGCUCGAAGAGUUCGCUGAAGAUCACAAACGUUUACGGCAAGGAUCGACCGUUUCGCAGAAAUCUCCGUUGCUGAAACUUCGCCCGUUCAUGGACCAAAAUGAACAGUUGAUUCGUGUGGGAGGUUGCCUCAAAAACGCUCCAAUUCCAUUCGACCGAAAAUAUCCGUUUCUCAUUCCGAAGAAGCAUUUCAUCACGGAUCUUAUCUUCCUCGACGCCCAUGAAGAAACGCUUCACGCUGGACCUUCGCAUCUAUUGGCAGCAGUUCGUCGUCGUUACUGGCCAAUAGAUGGUCCAAAUAAAGCCCGUAAUACAGUCCACCAAUGCAUCGUCUGUUUCCGCAACAAACCGAGAUUCGCUCAGCAAGUUAUGGCACAUCUUCCUGCUGUACGCGUUACACCAUCGCUUCCAUUUACCAGUACCGGAGUUGAUUUCAUGGGUCCAGUGUACUUGAAACCUCCUCGCAAACAGGGCCCAAUCAAAUCCUAUAUUUGCGUCUUCGUUUGCAUGGUUACCAAGGCCGCACAUCUCGAACUGGUAAUGAGCCUCACAUCCGACGCUUUCAUCGCAGCGCUGAUACGGUUCUGCUCCCGGAGACGACGUCCAUCAGAUAUUUACUGCGACAACGCCACGAAUUUCGUCGGCGCCAAGAACCAGCUGGAAGAACUUCGUGUUCUCUUCCUGUCGCAACGGCAUCAGUCCGAGAUUGCCAGAACAACAGCCCGAAUGGGAAUCGCUUUCCAUUUCAUCCCACCACGCUCACCCACCUUUGGAGGGUUGUGGGAAGCUUGCGUCAAGUCCGUGAAACAUCACCUACAUCGCGUGACUCUUGAUGUCCUUCAGACGCAAGAGGAAAUGACCACUACGGUCGCACAAAUCGAAGCGUGCCUCAACUCCCGGCCGCUUACUCCCCGUUCCAACGAUCCCACAGACCUCGAGGCCCUAACUCCAGGCCAUUUCCUAAUCGGUGGUCCAAUCCUAGCUCUUCCCGAACCAAACCUUACCUCGUUACCCUCCAAUCACCUGUCCCGCUGGCAAGACCAACAGCGUGUUCUCCAAACGCUUUGGGAUCGCUGGUACGUAGAAUACUUGCCCACUCUACAGCGUCUCCAAAAAUGGCCCGGUAAACACCCGAAUCUAGCCGUCGGUGACAUGGUUCUGGUCGAAGACAACAACUUGCCUCCUACGAAAUGGCCCAUCGCUCGAGUCCUGAAGACGAUUGUUGGCGACGAUGCGUGUGGCAGAGUUGCAGACGUUCUGUGUGAUGGAAACCAAAUCCGCCGUUGCUCAAUCCGCAAAAUGUGCCCGCUCCCACAUUGCGAAGCCUCCACAGUCACGGAAUCCGAGCGUCAGCCUUCCGCUCCGAGCUGCACUCCCCAACCAUCUCCCACAAUUGAUCUUCAGGCUCCAUCCACACUUCCGGCCGCUGCUCAACUUUUGGCUCCGAACAGCGAGAUUGGUUCCGACGAUGACAACGACGAGUAA